AUGGCAAGUUGUGAGGAUGCUCAGCACCGAAAACCUCGUCUGAAUCGUAAGACCUUGUUCGUGCUAGGCGCCAUGAAUUUGAUUGAUUGCAUCAACGUGAACCUUUUGACGCCAUAUGUGGACAAGAUGGUUUCGACUUAUCUGAACCAGAGUCCCCAGAGCCCAGCAGUGGCACAUACUGUUGGGAUGCUUAUUGGGCUCUACUCCCUCUGCGAGGUCAUCUUCUCCCCAUUGUGGGGCACCUUUGCAGAUAAGGUCGGCCGCAAGCCGGCAUUGUUGAUUGGCCUCGGUGGAUCCUGCAUUGCCCCAGUGAUGUUUGGUUUGGGGACUUCACUGCCAACCAUCUUUGCAGCCAGGGCGUUGGAUGGCUUCUUCUGUGGAAACAUGGGAGUCACUCGAACCUACCUUGGUGAGAUCGUUGACGAGAGCAAUGAGGCGAAGGGUUUCAGCUUCUUGGCACUGUGCUUCUCGGUGGGGCUUUUUGUGGGGCCCAUCCUGGGAGGUGAGCUGGUGUUCCCAGCAGAGCGUGCCCCGCACAUUUUUGGUGGGACAAUCUUCGAGACGUAUCCCUUCCUGUUGCCCAACCUGACUUAUGCCAUUUUCGCGGCCAUCGCGUGGGUCAUUGGCUGCAUCUUUUUGGAGGAGACGCUUCCCGCCAGCCAGCGCUGCAGCUGUUUGCGGCGCCGGGCACCGUCGGCCGAAACGGUGGAGCUGCCGCCGGCGAUGGGUUUGGUGCGCAGCACCAGUGGCACCGAUCCCUCAGGUGCUCCUACACGCUUCGUGCCGGACGAAGGGGAAUCCUCAGUCACUGCGCCCAAAGGAAAGCGCUACCCCAUGGAACUGAUCCAGACCAUCGUGUCGUACUGCGGGCUUUCAGGGACAACGGCUGCGCAGAAUCAGUUGUUGAUUCUCCUCGUGUCUUAUGAAAAAUCAGCAGGAGGCUUUGAGUUUGGCCCCCGUGAUAUUGGCUUUCUGCAGAACAUAGGUGCUGUGGGCCUUUUGAGUUCGCAGCUUUUCCUGUACCCGAAGCUGACCAAGAAGUUUGGUUUUCUGAAUGUCUUUCUCUUGGGUUUUUGCAUGGCUCAUCUCUCCUAUGGACUCUUUCCCGUCUAUGGUCUCUUCUACGAUAAGGACAAGUACGGCAUGUGGAGGUUCGUGCCAUUGGGCUGCAUGCAGUUUAUGUAUACGGCUUCCACGGGAAUGAUGUUCCCCACAGCCUUUGCCUUCAUCAACCGUGCUGCUGAGGGCUUGAACCGAGGAGCAGUGAACGGCUGGGCCAAUUCUUCGGGUGCCUUGUGCCGCGCCGCCUUUCCGCCGGCGUCAGCUGUGCUAUUGAGCAUCAGUACCAGUUGGGGACCUCUGGGUCGAUACCUUCCCCUGUACAUCGUGACAGUGAUUGCAGCCAUUUGCCUUGCUGCUUGGCAAUUUGCAGAUGGUGGCCAGAUGGACUGGAAACGUUUGACUCUGUUCAUCAGAAGUGGCCCUGCACUUCAAACACCGCCACGGGAGAUUCCGCAGCACCAACGAGAGCGAGGCCAGAUGACAGAUGCUACAGUGACCCACGCAACAGUUGGCCAGGAUGGUGCCAGCCACCAGAUCUUGGCGAGGGUGGCUGUGGCUGCUUGUGGCUGCGGUAACUACUGCUGUGCUGCUGCUGAGGAGCAGCGUUUGGGCGAUUGGCCCGGCAAGCCCUGCUCUGAGUUUGGAUCCCAGUGGACUGGGGAUUCCAGGGAAAGGGUGAAAAGGGAAGAAAGAAAUGCAGGGGAGGGUGGUGUUGGAAGCAAUGAAAAAGGGGUCGAGAUGACAACCAUUUCACCUUGGUUCAAUGCCACUGUGUCCAUGACCACCACGGAUGAGCCCAGUCCAUGUGGCCGUUUGCUGCUGGACAACUGGGCCAAAGGACAGAAUUUCAAGGUGGUGCUAUUGUCAAUUGAGACAGAAGGAGCCUUCGGCAACGAGCUCUUCAUCGUGGCUAAGGCGUUGGUUACGGCGCAGCGCCUUCAGUAUCCAGUGCUGCUAACCAGGCCCAGUCGGAAGCGGCAAAUCCUGCAGCUUCCCUGCCUGCGAAGCAGCCUUGGCCUUCAAAGAGCGGCGGAGGAGAUGUGUCCUGGUUGCGGAUCAGAGAAGUUUUGGGACGACAGGAGUAAGGCGUGCAAUAGGGGCUACGGAUGUUUGGAGCUCCUCCGCAAACAGAAACGUGUCAUGGACCCCGGCGCCGGUGGAUUUCAUCAGGACCUUGGUGAGUGGAAGGAGCCACCCUUGUCCUGGCGCCCGCUGCUGGCUGAGGCCUUCCAAGUGGACAUGCCCCAGAUGAAAACUGAAGUCAUCAUGCCCGGCAAUGAAGAUUUGGUGAUGUACUUCCGACCCUAUCGGAGAAAACAGAUCUUUGAUUUGCGGGGAGACCAUGCCUUUCUGACCUCUCCGCCCUUCGCCUUCUUUGACUUUGCGGUGCAGCAACAUCGGAGGGAUUUUCCCAGUGGGAAGCUCUUGGUCAUCGCUGAACCUUCGAUGCGUUCGCACCCCACCGUGGGACGUCUCUGCAGCGAGCUGGGCGCAGCGGUGGUGACUGACAUGGACCAGGCAGGAAAACAAGCCUGGUUGGCGGAUUGGGUAUGGCUGAGAAGCGCCAAGCACUUGGUGUUAAGCCCCAGCACUUUUGUAUGGUGGGCUGCCUUCCUAUCUGAGGCUUUGCGGAUCUAUGUGCCCAUUUUUCCUGGCAUUGCUGCGCUGCCGUGGUGCAAACUGUUGCCCUCCGGAGAUCCCAGAUAUCUGUUCUACGACUUUUGGACCAACACCACCUUCACCGAUGGAUCAGUGGCAAAGACCCACUGCCAAGAGUACUUCCAUUGCAAAGCCGAUGAGUGCGUGGUGAAGAAGCAUCGAACGGCCAUGGCCAGCCUCUACCCGGAGCUGUUGGAACUGAACCAGCAGGACGCUGACUUUCUGAACGCCUCUGCUGCGAAAAUGGGAGCGACCUCCUUGGGAGGAACAGCUGUAGCUGAGGCUUCUACAGCAGCCGCAACGGAUGCCAGCAGAAACGUGCCGGCUGCGACCGCGACGGCCGCAACGGCCAUGGACAAAGGGACAGACUUGGAGGCUGUACUGAAUACCACUCCCGGUCCAAUCCCUCGACACCUGGUGCUUCAAAGACAUGCGGGGCUUUACCUCGACAAGUCGCUGCAGCCAGAGUUCAAGGAGAACCGUCGGGUGAACCUUGGUGAAUG